AUGAACGUUAUGUCCUCAUCCGACGGAUCCAUUGCGGCGUCGGAUCACGUCCCGUCAACAACACGCACAACGCAUCAAGACCCUGAGCAGAGCGACCGACACAGCUCGACCAUGGAAGAGCAGCACGACGUUGACAACGGCACGUCCCGACGCACACCCGAGGAAGGCGUAACGCUAGAAAUCUCCUCAGACGCCAACGAUGACGAUGGCGACAUCUCCCUCGUAGGCUCUCCCAAGAUCGACGAGGGUUCAGCAGCAACGAACGCUUCUUUCCAUCGACGUAUCGACUCCCUGCCUCCUCAAAAGUACAGUGUCACACACGACGUAUCUACUGGAUUGUCCAACGGUUUCGCAUCCACAUCGCUGCACAUGACUACCGAAGAAGAAGAGGAAGAAGCCGACAUCUCAGCAACAUAUCCUCAGGACGGCGUCGACACGGACAUCAGCUCGAGCUCGGCCACAGCUCAACAUCUUUCUGGAAGGCAUCACUCCGCAGUACCAUCUUCUCUCCAGAAUACCAUCGACAAGGCCGAACUCAACUUCGUCGAUAUCACCCUUGACGUUCCGGAUCAACAAUCUGGAGGCCUAAGCGACGGUCUCAGAGGUUUGGGUCCAUUGGCCGGCUCGGCAAGGACCGCAGAGCAGAUUCGCGGGGACAGCUUCAGCAGCCGGAACCCUCAGAACACUUCCAACUCUGCAUCAGCGGAUCAACUCGAACAUGACACAGGCCUUGCUGCAGACACUGUUUCGUCCACCCAUGACCAGACUCCACCCCUCAGUCCCGAUACCGGCGGGAGGCGCAGCGCAGAAGGUCGCUACAGGGGUCGAAAGAGUGCGCCUUCUAGCAGAUCAGCUAGCCCUGCACGCUCUCCUAGCAGCGGUGCGCCCGGUCCUGCACCGGCAGGUCCAUCUCAAGAACACCAUAUCGCUGCCGCCGUCGACUCAUCUUCGCUGCAGGAUAGGCUUGCCGCUGCACCCGCACCUGUCUUGCUCGCCGCGGACGAAGACGGUAACAUCAGCGUAGUUGCGGAGUAUCCGGUCAGUCCCCGAACCGUUCCAACGGCUCUUUCACAGGGCGAUGAGGGAAAGAGUACGGAAGCAGCAAGCUCAGCAUUGCCUGUCCUCACAUCUUCCGCCGAAUCGAAAUUCAGUCCGUCAGACGCGAAAGCAGCCGCGUCCAUAUCCGACGAGGUCGCCGCCGCCGAUGCUGCAGAAGGAUCCCGAACAUCUACUCACAGCACCACCGCAACCUCAUCACUUGCUCCACCAGAAGCGGACAGCGUUCCCACGAGCGCCACACCCGGACUAUCCGACAAAGCCGAUCAAGUCGACCCCAAGACCCGUCGCAAAUCGUCCUCGGCAGGUGCCGAUCCCGUCGACUCCCUCACGCGCAUGACCACGCUACCCGCGAAACCCAAGACGGAAGAGAUCAAGCAUCGCGCCGACUUUGAGCGCAUGAUGAUGGGCGCCAAGGAAGCAGAGCGCAAGAAGCGCGACGAGGAGGAGGAGCGCAAACGUCAGCGUCAGGACGAGCAGCGCGAGGCGCUCGCUCGCUGGGAGAAGGAGAUCCUUCCGUCGUGGUCCCGCGCGCGCAAGGAUCCGGAGCUCGAAAAGCUGUGGUGGAGAGGUGCUCCGCCAAGCAUCCGCGGUAGGGUGUGGGCGUUGGCGAUUGGGAAUCCGCUGAUGCUGCCGCGCAAUCUGUUGGAGCAGCAGGAGAGGAAGGCGCUUGGGAGCGGGGAUGGGAAGAUGGAGGAGGUGAUUCCGAGGAGGGUGUUGGAUCAGAUCGAUGAUGAUGUAGAGGAGGCGUUGCCGAGCCUGAAGCUGUUUCAGGAGGAUGGACCGCUGCACGAGGACUUGGUGAGGCUCUGUCGGGCGUUUGUGCUCGUUCGCAUCGAGCAGGUUGCAGAGCUCGAUGUCGCUGGAGACGCCAACAAGGCUGCGAGUCGACAUCAGAAUGCCAGUCCCCGACCUCGCAAGAUGGAGCUUCCAUCUGCCGAUAACGAGGUUGCGUCGGAAGAGCCGCAGGACGAAUACACGAGACGCGGCAUCGAUCUCUACCAAGCCGGUCUCGCCAGCCUCGCUGCAGUGCUGCUGAUCAACAUGUCGAUCAACACUGCCUUCAUCGCGCUGCUCAACCUGUUGCAUUCGAAAUCUUGGCUCAAGGCACUUUACUCUUUGCUGCCCAACACGCUCCCCUCCGAUGACCCUGCGCACGCAUCCAUCCCGACACCAGCAACGCGCAAGACAGGCUCCGCAUACACCCUGCCGCCCAAAGAAAAGGCGAUCCGAGGCUUCGAACGCGUCUUCGAAACGCUCCUGGCCGACUCGAUGCCCAAAGUCUUCGCCAACCUUUUGGCGCACAACGUCAAGCUGCAUCGCGUCGUGCUGCGUGACUGGGUCUGCGAGUUGUGGACGAGGUGGUUGGAUGUAGAUACGGUGAUGAGGUUGUGGGAUGUGGUGCUGCUGGACGAGACGGAUGGGAUGAUCUAUCGGGUGUGUUUGGGGCUGGUGCAGAUGUUGGAGUCGAGGUUGUACGGGACGGAAGGGGAGGAGCUGGUGUCAGUGUUGAGGGGAGAGGAUAGGGCUGCGUUGGCGGUUUGGAGGAGGGAGAAGGAGGCGACGGGUGAGCUGGUCGAGAUGCAGAAGAGGAGGAGGAGCAGUAGGAGGUCGUCGAGUGGAGCGGCGAGGGUAGCGGUGGGUGAGGUGUCGGCAGCUGCGGCUGGCUCGGCGUUAUCCAUCGCUUCUAGCCACAGCGAGGACGCAGCUGCAGCUCCACCGACAAGAAGCAGCUCGCUAGCAACGCACACUCCACCCUCCGACACCGACCUCAACCCCACCGAUGCAGUCACACCCCGAGACUACAUCUACGAGCAAUACUCCUUCCGCGAAGAUCACGUAUUCCAAACCCUCGAGGCGCAACAGUCGUGGUGGAAACCAUCCACCCUGCAACGCUUGCUAGAUCGAGAGUUGAGCGAGUAG